AUGACAUCUGUCAAAAUCAACCACAUAUCCUCGCUCAACGAGCCAUACCCCUCUCCCUCGGCACUCGAUGCCGCCACAACGACACACGUCCAAGGCACAUUCGCCAUCGCCACGCGCAAGCUGCCUAUCCUCAAGUCCGGCCCCAUCGACGCCAUGUCGGCGCGGCUGGGGAUCCCGAUUCCCGAGAUGAUCUUCGGCGACAACCUCGUGUCCAUAACACACCGACCGACGGGCUGGUCUAUCCAGUUCAACGCCGAGGACGCGCUCGACCGCGUGGACAAGACGGGCGAGAAGAUGUUGCGGGUGGCGUACGCGGGCGAGUGGAGCUCCUCGCGGGAAAAGACGAGCGCGGGCAUCAGCGAGGUGGUCAAGCCGUUUGACUGGAGCUACACGACGGAUUACUGCGGGACGGAGAGGCCCGGUUCGACCGGAGGGGCAGGAGCUGGAGGCUCUGAAGGGGAGCAGGAAAAGAAAUUGCACGGGGACGAGAACACGCCGGAUAUACCCAUCGAGCUGCUGAAACGCCGGGAUCCAAUCCUUUUUGCGGACGAGGUGGUUCUCUACGAGAGCGAGCUGGACGACAACGGGUGUAGUAUCGUCAGUGUGAAGCUGCGGGUGAUGGAGCACCGCAUGUUGCUGCUGUGCCGGAUGUUCAUGCGAUUGGACAACGUGCUGGUGCGGGUGCGGGAUACGAGGGUGUAUGUGGACUUUGAUAAGGAAGAGGUGAUUAGGGAGUAUACGGAGAGGGAGGAUAUGUUUGAGAAUGUGAAGACGAAACUCUUCAUGCAAGGCCUCAAACUGGAUCAGGUCACUAUCGUGCUUCGUGAUGCCAACCAGGUGGCACCUCUGCUGCCGCUUAUCAAGCAGGGAGUUGAGAGCGUUAUCCUAGGUCCUGGGAUCUCUGCGAAGACGAUAACAUCACGUUUCCCAGGGCAAACGCAGUUCCCGCCACAGACUCAGUUUGUCCGUCCGCCGCCAAGGUAG